GAGCACAGACCUUCACGUCCCCUGCUAGUGGGGGUUAGUGGAGGCCAACAACGAGUUGCCAGGCCCCCUCGGACUGGAACCACACUGGAGAUGAUCUUCUAAGCAGAUUCCCCCUUCUGAACUGGGGAUGUGGGGCUUUGAAACGCGAAAAUGCCAGGUCUGAAAGAGAAGAAAGAGCCAGUCCAGCAACACACAGGGCUCUGUGUAUUCAGAGGGAAGUUGGCAGGGCUGUGUUCGGGCAGAGAAACUCUGAGUGGUACAAAGGGACGUGCCCAGAGUGGAGAAAUCAUGCUAAUUGUCUGCACCAGAGCUGGAGAACGCCACCCAAAAUGAAGAGAGAAAGGGGAGCCCCGUGCGGAGCCUUCAUUGUCCUGCGCCUCGCUCCUUUUGUGUACCUUCUUCUCAUCCAGACAGAGCCGCUGGAGGGUGUGAACAUCACCAGCCCGGUGCGCCUGAUCCAUGGCACGGUGGGGAGAUCGGCCCUGCUCUCCGUGCACUAUAGCAGCACCAGCAGUGACAAGCCCGUGGUGAAGUGGCAGCUGAAGCGCGACAAGCCAGUGACCGUGGUGCAGUCCAUCGGCACGGAGGUCAUCGGCACCCUGCGGCCCGACUACCGGGACCGCAUCCGCCUCUUCGACAACGGCUCCCUGCUGCUCAGCGACCUGCAGCUGGCUGACGAGGGCACCUAUGAGGUGGAGAUCUCCAUCACCGAUGACACCUUCACUGGCGAGAAGACCAUCAACCUCACAGUGGACGUGCCCAUUUCCAGGCCGCAGGUGGUAGUGGCUUCGACCACGGUGCUGGAGCUCAGCGAGGCCUUCACCCUGAACUGCUCGCACGAGAACGGCACCAAACCCAGCUACACCUGGCUGAAGGACGGCAAGCCCCUCCUCAAUGACUCAAGGAUGCUCCUGUCCCCCGACCAGAAGGUGCUCACCAUCACGCGCGUGCUCAUGGACGACGAUGACCUGUACAGCUGUGUGGUGGAGAACCCCAUCAGCGAGGGCCGCAGCCUGCCUGUUAAGAUCACUGUGUACCGAAGAAGUUCCCUCUACAUUAUCCUGUCCACCGGCGGCAUUUUCCUCCUGGUGACCUUGGUGACAGUCUGUGCCUGCUGGAAACCCUCCAAAAAGUCUAGGAAGAAGAGGAAGCUGGAGCAGCAAAGCUCCCUGGAGUACAUGGACCAAAACGAUGAGCGCCUGAAGGUGGAAGGUGAGCUGCCAGCUGCCCACUCGCCAGUCCCGACGCCACUCAGACCCGUGGGUUGCUGGGAGAAGGCAGACUUGGGCAACAAGGACACCAGCUCGGCUGGGCCUCUUCCGCCACCAACUGCCCGCAGACUGCAGAGCAGAGAGAGGUGCGGUCAAGCAGACAGCCUGCCCCGAAGCACCGAGCAGGAGCGGAAGAACCCCCUGGCUCUGUACAUCCUGAAGGAUAAGGACACCGCGGAGCUGGAGGACAGCGCCUCCCCGGAGCCCCGCGCCCCGGAGUCCGGGCCGCCGGGCUACUCGGUGUCCGCUGCUGUCCCCGGCCGCUCGCCCGCCCUGCCCAUGCGCUCGGCCCGCCGCUACCCGCGCUCGCCCGCGCGCUCUCCCGCCGCCGGCCGGACGCACACGUCGCCGCCCCGCACACCCAGCUCGCCCGGCCGCUCGCGGGCACUGCGGACUGCGGGCGUGCACCUGAUCCGCGAGCAAGACGAGGGCGGCGCCGUGGAGAUCAGCGCCUGAGCCGCCCCGGACCCGCCCUCGGCCCGCAGCAGCGGCGGCCA